GGCAUCACCGGGGACCCGCCUGCGGCUCCCGGCCCGAUCCCAUCCCCGAUCCCCGGUCCCCGGUCCCCGAUCCCCAUCCCCGAUCCCCGGUCCCCGGUCCCCGGCCCGGCCCCGCCGCGCUCCGCCCGCUCAGGCGGUCACCGUGCCCCGCUGCCCGCGCUGCCGGGGACUCUCCGUGGCCUCGUUCGGGUCCAGAGCGCGCCCGGCCCGUGGAGGCGGGGGCAGAACGGGCACGGCUCUGCCCCUCCCGCUCGGUGCUGCCCGCCGUGCGGCCCCGGUGGCGCGGGGAUGCUCGGGGCUGGCGGGGCCGUGGGCGGGUUCGCGCUGCUGCUGCUGCCGCUGCUGCUGCCCCGGGCCGCCCGCGGGGCCGGGGUGUGCGGGCUCUGCCCGGGGCCGCCGCGGAACGGCUCCAUCGUGUCCCGGUUCUGUGAGUCCCGGGGCGACACUGAGACCGAUGGGCGCUGCUGCCGGGAGCGGGCUCCAUCCCCAGGGCGGCUUCUGGGGCUGGACCUGAGCAACUGCUCCCUGCACGCUGUCCCCCCGGGGCUGGCCGAGGCCACUGGUGCCAUUGUCCUGGACUUGACUGAGAACCCCGUGACAGCUCUCCCCAAUGGUUCCUUCCUGGGCUUCAUCCACCUGCAGAGCCUCGCGGUGCCGCUGACCCUGGAGUGUCCGGGCGGGAGUGACGCCUGGCAGGACGUGACAGUGGAUGGGAGCAGCCGGCUGUGCCAGGGACAGAGGAACCCCUGCAACAGCUCUGUGGAGCUCGCCUGGCCAUGUCCUGAAAACUCUGUGUGUGCCCCUGACGGACCCGGCUUCACCCAGUGCCUCUGUGACAAUCCCUUCCAUGGCUACAAGUGCCUGCGUGAGGGCACGUUCCCGAUGCUUCUCUUUGGAGGAAUCCUGGGCACUGCCACUGUGUCCCUGUCCCUGCUGCUGUGGGGCACCCAGCGGAGGAAGGCCAAGACGCCCUGAGCAGGGCAGGGGGCCGUGCCUGGGCUGUAAGCUCUGAGGCCUGGGAGGCUCUCGGGAUCAAUAAAGCUGCAGGUCCUCA